AUGGGCAAGAAGAUUACAGGACCUGUGAAGUCCAAGGAAGGUGUCCCCUACGAUUACAUAGUUCUAGUCGACUCGGGCUCGAAAGGUUCUAGAGUUUACGUCUACAACUGGCUCAAUGCGAAGUUCCUCUUGGAUAAAGGACUUAGCUAUCCUCGUAACUUGAACUUAGUGAAGAGAUUCGAAUUGAGAGAUGACGAUCCUGACUCCGAUUCGAGUGAUGAUGACGAAAAUACUGAUCAGGAAGAUAAUGAUUCAAAGUCAGCUCCAUUCUUACCUCCAGUUCUUUCCAACAAAGAUUGGCACAAGAAGAUUAAGCCGGGUGUUUCCACCUUCAACGAGAGCCCCCAAAAGAUUGGAAAGCAUCAUAUAAAGCAUUUACUUUCCCUUGCCAACUCUGUAGUGCCCAAGUCUCAGCAUUAUCGUACGCCAUUCUUCCUUCACUCAACAGCGGGAAUGAGGUUGCUUUCUCCCAAGGAGCAACAACAAAUCCUCGACAAUAUCUGUGAAUACGUUCAACGCAAAUCCGAAUUCUACUUGCCUGACUGUGCAUCCCAUAUCAAUGUUAUCGAUGGGGAUAUUGAGGGUCUUUUUGGUUGGUUGUCGGUAAACAAUAUGGUGGGGUCGUUUGAUCAUCCUGAUAAACAUCAGCAUGGUAAGAACCACACCACUUAUGGAUUGCUAGACAUGGGAGGAGCUUCAACACAAGUGGUGUUCCAACCCAAUUCCACCGAAAUUGAAGAACACCAGAAUAACCUUUUCGAAAUAUCUUUAAAUCAAGCAACUGGCAACAUUGGAAAUGCUGAUAGUGAUUUAAUCAACCCCAUGAAGUUCAAUGUCUAUUCAGAUUCAUUCUUGGGAUUCGGUAUGUAUCAGGCCCAUAACAAAUACUUAUCAUAUGUAAUUGAUGAAUACCUUGCCAAUAUUGGCCAAUCUAAAAUUGCAGACCCCAACAAUCCAUAUGAUUCUAUAAGGGAGCCUAUCGUGGACCCAUGUUUGCCCAAGGGAUACUUGGCUACAGCACUGCAUAAUGAUUUCAAUAUCGCUUUCACUGGUGAAAGUGACUUUGCCAAAUGCUUGAAUUCUAUUUUCCCUGUCAUUCUGAAUUCUACUUAUAGUAUUUCGAAGGGAACUGAGACCGGAAAGUGUAAGCAGCUUGAGACAGAAGAUGAAGUUGGUGCAUGCUUAUUGAACGAUUUGAUCCCUGCAUUUGAUUUCGAGGUUAAUCAUUUCAUAGGAGUAAGUGGAUAUUGGGACUCAAUAAGGAAUUUAUUAGCAUUUGAUGAAGAAGAUGAGAAACUAGAACCUGUGGGGAUUGACAAUUAUGACUACAAAACAAUCUACAACGAAACAAACAGAAUCUGCUCAAGCUCAUUAGCAGAACUAAUUGCUUUAAAUAGUGUUAAAUCGAAAGAAAAUCAGAUGCCCGAAGAUGAUUUAUCUGAAUUGUGCUUCAAAUCUUCUUGGGUGUUGAACUUCUUACACCUAGGGCUAGGUUUCCCAAGGUACGGGAUUGAUCAUGAGAGUCAGAAGGAGUUUAAAUCGCUUCAGUUAAUAGAAGAGGUUGAUGGAUUUUCAUUUUCGUGGACUUUUGGCAGAGCUCAAUUGUAUGCCAAUGACGAAUUCUCACAGGCAUAUAAUAAUUAUACUAGUGCAUUAAACGCAAAAGAAAAAGACAAAAGCAAGCAUAAACCCCUAGUUGAUAGAGCGGGAUUCUUUCAUACGACGUCGACGAAUGAUUUCCACUAUGGUGGAGAGCAAAAAGGUAUCAUUCCUAGACCUUACUUCCAUGACAAUACUGAUAAUCUGGAUUCCCCAAAUUCCGACUACGCUGAAAGUAAUGGAGACGUUUCUGAGCUGGCUUGGUACAUACACCCACACCGCUGGUAUGGACUUUUCAUAUUUAUGCUUUUGAUUGCAUUUUUCGGGGUAAUGUUACUUGGAAGAGAUGGCAGGAAGAGAAUUAUUCAAAACUUAAAAUCGAAGCUUGGUAAUGGAAAUGGUUCCAGAUACGUUUCAAUAAGAGGUGAAGAUGAUCCUGACUUGGAGAAUGGUGUGGAUGAAUUCGAACUUGGCAAUAUUCCUGCUAGAGAUGAUUUUUCAAAAUUUCAAAUCGAUGACGAAGAAGAAAGUAUUUAG